CACGAGGCUGCCGGGAAGCUGGAGGGCUGACGGCUGCUGGGAUGUGGAGGACCUGUUGAGGCUCUGAGCUGAUGGCCCGCAACGAAGAGAAACACUUGGGGAGACUGAACCGGCUGUGGCUGCAGCGGGAGAGGGAGGAGGGUCGUCUGAGAGAGAGAGAUCAAAAUCGACCCAAACUGUCUUCGUUGAAUUCACCUGUUGAAGUGAAAAAAUGGAUUCCAAGCAUCAAGAGUGAAAUUGAGUAUUACCUUCAGCAGUCCCAAUUACCCCAUUAUUCAGAAAGGAAGAUAAAGGAAUUUCAGCAUCAAAUUGAAGAACUUCAGAAGGAGUAUCAGCGUUAUUUGUGGAAACUGCGUCGGUUAGACCCUUCCCAUAAGGAACACCCUUGGAAACCUCGUGCUUACACCCGGAAAAGAGAACCCAACGCUGCAGCACAACCCAUCAGUCAACCAGCUGGGUUGCACAGUUUGAAACAACUUUGCUUGCCUGUUCCAAACAAAACUGACAAUCACGAGGAUGACUGUGAUGGGAAAUCUGUUGAAGAAAGAGAAAGGAACUUCCUAAACCCACAGAUACCACAUGGUGCCACUGAUGAUUCUUGCAUGGUUAAUUCCAAUUUUCAGGACCAGCCCCUCAUAUUUAAUCCUGUUAGAAUUCCACCAAGAUUUUCUAUGCCCUCAACUUCACAAAACAUAUUAGGAGAAGGCUCACACCACAUGAGCAAAGUUCUUUUCUCUCAACUACCAAACUUACAAACUUCAUCUUCCUGUGAAUCCACAGCAGAGUUGCAAAGCGAGGAAGAAAAACAUACCUGUAAGACAAUAGUAGAUUCACAGGAAUCUAGUUUGCAGAUGAAAAACCCUGGAAUUCUGGGACUGUCUUGCUAUUCUUCAGAUGAAGAGAAAUAACAGCUGAUUCACAUUAAUUGCUCUAUUUAAUUUUGUCUUAAACACUCUAAUUGCUGAAUGUAUAUCGAUGUUACAUUUUCAAAACUUAUUUCCAGUUGUUUUUGUGCUUUUUAUAUAAAGCUAUUGUAUAAUUAUUGAAAUACUAAUUCUUCCAAUCCUCAUUGUUGGCAUGAAUUUAAAUUAUUCAGAAAUAAAAGUGAUCUUUAUUUCAAA